GUAUCGUCUGUCUACAGACGUGAUGGAAGCUCUGGACUUGGAGCAGGACGAUGUGGGGGAAGAAGGCAAGGGCGAGGAGCUCGGCAAGGCGCAUGGAGAGGAGCUGCGCGCGCUGCUUGGCGAAAAUUCUGCCGCUUCCGACUCCGCCUUGGAGCCGAGCUGGCAGAGCCCAGAGGACGAGGCAGCUCUGGCCGAGGCCGACCCAGAGGAAAGCAAAGAGCCAUCCAGUGAC